GAAAAACAACGCGCUGGAUAUAUGACAAAACUAAUAUUUUACACCACACUUCGCCCGAGAGGCAACUUUUUUGGCGUGGGAAGUCACUCCAACGCCGAGCUGGGAGCUUUUUUCUUGCUCUUUCCAAUCGUCCGGCCGGUGUUGUUUACGUGUAGUAAGGGGGAGCUUGAAACCGGCCACCCUUGCCCCAUUUCCUCGGUUGUUUUCCUCCUCGCGCCUGGAUUCUCCAUGUUGUUGCUGCGAAAGUGACGACUUGGCGGCGACGGGAGAAGGCGGCUGCCCGCUCGUAUCACCACCGAAUAGCUCAGGAAAACCGAGGGGGUGGUCACCGACGGACUCCCAUACAUCACCCGGGGAACAUAUCCAUGUGCCUUUCCCUCCUCCUCGUUCGGUCUGCGAAGGAAGAAGAGCGAGGAAAAACGGCGGGGAAAUCCAGAAAGCCAGCCUUAUCGACGCCACUCUCACCGAGGCGGCUGACAGGCGAGCUGGGUGACUACUUGAUUGGUCCGUGAAGACAAAACCCAAUGAGGGAUGCCCAUCAGCGCCCGGGGUCAGGUUUUGUGGAAUUUGAGGGCUCUGUGAUUGUCAGAUGGAAAGUUCUGUUAUCACCCAAGUGCAGAAAGAAGACGUCCAAGUGUCAACAAAAACAGGCCAGGUGAGCCGCUCUGCCCUGAAGCAGCCUCGGAGUUGUAACAUCUUCAAAGCACUCUUCUGCUGCCUCCAAGCUCAGGAUGGCCCAAAACUACCCCCACCACUGCCACCACCCUCCCAGCAGGCCUUGUUGGAGGCACAGGAAAAUGGGACAGUUGUCAAGUUGUGUGAACCCAGCCUCCUGCCUGAGGUGAAUGUCCAGGACCAAGGAAAGAUCUGCGUGGUCAUAGAUCUGGAUGAGACGCUGGUGCACAGCUCUUUCAAGCCAAUUAACAAUGCAGACUUCAUCGUGCCUGUUGAGAUAGAGGGGACCACACACCAGGUGUACGUGCUGAAGAGGCCGUAUGUAGAUGAGUUCCUGCAGCGAAUGGGGGAGCUGUUUGAGUGUGUGCUCUUCACUGCCAGUCUGGCAAAGUACGCUGACCCAGUGACGGACCUGCUAGACCAGUGUGGUGUCUUCCGGGCUCGGCUAUUCCGGGAAUCUUGUGUCUUCCAUCAGGGCUGCUAUGUGAAGGAUCUGAGCCGCCUGGGCCGGGAUCUCCACAAAACCCUAAUCUUGGACAAUUCUCCCGCCUCCUACAUCUUUCACCCGGAUAAUGCUGUCCCUGUCUUGUCAUGGUUUGAUGACGUGGAUGAUGCUGAACUCCUCAACCUCUUGCCCGUGUUUGAAGAACUUAGCCAAGCGGAUAACGUUUACACCCAGUUGGACCAGCUUCGCGGACAUUAAGCUGCUCAGCAAGCAGCCCCUGUAGAGCUCCUCUCCAGCUGCAAUGCAACCGCAUAUCACACAUUGUAACCUGAGCUGUUGGGAUGUUGUUUAUUCCCACCUCCGCACAAAAUCCUCUGUUAGACAAUGACAUUAACACGGGCUUAAGGAAAUUCCAGGCCUAUAAAGCACAAAAUCUGUGCCUCAAUUUACAGAGUGCAUUCGAAGGCAUUUAGCAUGCUCUUGAUCACGCCAACCACUAUUGGAAAUCACCACCAGAGUGGGCAAACAACAACCAAAGCGCCACCAUCAAAAUCACUCCUGUUUGUGUCAACAGUGCAAUGCUUGUUUUGGCAAAUAAGAAGCCUGUAUGCCCAACGUCGUUUUAUUGAGUGUGCCUUUAACGAACGACUUAAAACAUAUUUUUUAACAUUUUCACCAGAUUUUAUACAUUAUACAUUUUUUGAUAGGAGAAUCUAUUUUUGUAAACUGUUCUAUGCAAGUCAGUUUUGUCAAUAAUUCCAAUGAGUACAUCAACAUUAGCCUUAUCUAAAGUUAAACAUCAAAACAAAUGUGUUUUAUUAGUACAGUUCUACAUUCAUGUUUUCUCCAUGACAUUCUUUAAUUGAAUUUAAUAUGAGUUUUAGAUUGAAAAACAGGGCAAAAAUACCCUUUAUAUGACUGUACACACUGGAAUAUUGUUGGCACAUAGCAUGAUCAUGAAUACCACAGAUUCAAUCAAACUUUAUAGUUUUCUGAUCAUUAUAUGACACUUUUUUUUACAGACAGUGCUUAAAUCUAAAACGGUGCCUUUCUAAAAUUGAGACCAAUAGAGGUGAUCUGCCUGAAAGAGAUUGGAUGCAUCAUGCUGGGCAUGAGGAAACACUGUCGUAAGCAAGUGUGAAGCCAUGAGGCUGUGGUACUUGCAUUGUAACACUUGAAAAUGUCCCAUUUUUUUAUGUGAGUGUUUUUCUAUAUUUAUUGGCCAAAAUCUGUAUCGUCCAGUAAUUGCUCAACAUGUUGUAUGGUUUAUAUUCCACUUAUUAACUUGAAGGCUGACCUUGUGUUUAAAGGUAAUACAGUAUCUGUGCCUAAAGUUCAAUAAAAGUCCAAAUUACAUCUGCAGUUCAAUCAAUACAUACAUGUUAUUUCAGCUGUCAGUCACUCAACAUCUUUCAAUUUUAGGUGUUUUUUUUUAUUUUGGGUAUGUCUCCUGGUGUUUUCUGUGAUGUUUAAUGCCUAAUGCAAUUAUUGUUUGCAUGUCAAGUAGUUUUAAAAAAGACAAUUGAAAUGUACCUUUUGUGAUGACCCAAAGUAUUUGUCUUUGUGUUUAAAAUGUAAAUCACUGUGUCUACCAUAUUUGACCAAAACUAUAAAACACAAGGUGCUACCAAUUUUUAUUAGCAAUAAAAAUUGGUUCUAUUUUCCUGUA